ACGCGCACUAGUGUAGUGUUGGUGAAUGCACAGCCCGUUGGCCUUGGGAGCACGUAACGUUCGCGAUGCUCGCCCGUAGACCCACACCUGGUUUACAGAUGCUUUGUACGAUCGAUUCAAGGAAGGCAAGAGACCCCGAGCAACGCACGUGCCAAUGACGGGAACGCGACGCAUAACCAACCCGGAGGAGCAUUAAACGCCCCGUCGUCUUGUGUCUUGGCGCAGAAUUCGGGAGGGGCCCCACCAAGAGUCGGCCGGGCUUUGGUAUCGAAACCUGAUGAUAAGCUGAUAAGAUAACGAAAAAUCCAAGGAAAGACGCCAUGUGAGGUGCAAUUCUAGGUGCGCAGCGUAAAGCGAACCCUUGGGCCACGAUGUAUUCGAAGCCCGUUAUCUGCGGAAAACGAACGUUACUCAAGCGCGCGCUCUCCAGCCGCGGCCGAUAUGAGGUGACACUAUUCCCUCCGGAGCUUGCUAGCCAUUCGACAGUUGUUAGUGCCACAGGCCCGGCGUGGCCAGAACCCGCCUUGAACUUGCGCACGAAGAAAGGUUCCGACCCGAAGCGGACAAACGAAAAGAAAAGUGACCGCGUUCGAAAGUGAAAGUUUGCCCAACGUUCUGCUGGCGAGACGUGAGACGAAUCCCGUUUAAAAACUUUCGUUAUUUUAUCGUGUGUGACCGCCCCCACACGAAAGUGUUACAAAACAGUUGAAAUAUGUCUGCCGUUCGACCCAAACGGUGGGUCCACUUCGCACUGGUGCUGGUGGUGCUCUAUUCCCGGAGCAGCUCGGCCGCAAAUGAGGAAGCAAAUGAGCCCCAAGCAACGGCAGAGGCCGCGGCCAACACCACAGAGGCCUCCACAACGCCUGCAUGGAUGCCAUACUUAGAGAUGCAAGCGGGCAGCAGCAACAGUUCGGUGCUGUGCAAGAACUGCACGUGCAACGCCAGCAACGCCACUUUUGACUGCACCAACGUGAAGUUGGAAUCGACGACGAGCUUCCCGCCGGAAGCGUGGCAGUCGCUGAACGCCAGCGGUUUUGUGCCCAAAACGGUACUGCUCAAAGCGACCGGCUUGCGCCAGGUGGUGCGCUUCCCGCCCAUGAACGUCACGCUGCUCGAUCUGAGCUACAACGAGAUCGGCACGAUCGAGAGCAAAUGUUUCAUUGAUCUGGCGCAGCUGGAGGUAUUGGAUCUGUCGCACAACCUGCUCACGACCGACACGCUCACACCGGACAUUUUCGACGGUCACUACUCACCGUCCGCGUACGAACCGCUCGAUCGGCUGCGGGUACUGCGCCUAGGCGCGAACAAGCUUCACUCGCUGAAUUCGGACCUGUUUGAGCACCUGCCAUCGCUGGAAGAGCUGAGCCUCGAGCUGAACCAGUUCAAAGUCAUCGAUCCCCAGACGGAGACGGCCAUCAGCGGCAUUUCCACGCUCGUGAGUCUCGAUCUGAGCUACAUGGAGCUAGAGGAGAUCCCGAAAUACCUGCUACAUACGCCGCGCGGAUUGCGGUUCCUCAACCUCACCGGAAACCUGCUGAAGGAGGUACCAUCGGCGCUCACCUACUCCGCUGGGCUGAACUGGCUCAGUUUGGACGAGAAUCCGAUCGAAACGAUCGUGGCCGGAAACGAGUUCCCGGUGAUGAAAAAUCUAACGUAUCUCGGUUUGUCGUACAUGCCGGCGCUGAAGGUCAUCGGUCGGGGAGCGUUCCGGGGACUGCAAUCGCUCCAGGAACUGUACCUGGCCAACAACCCACACCUGGGCUAUCUGCACGCGGAAGCUUUCUCGCGCAACGACACCGACAAUCCGGAGCGCCUCAUUUGGCCCCCGGUUCGGCGGCUGUAUCUGCACAACAACGACCUCAAGUAUCUGGACGCCCAACUGCUGGUCCAGUGGGACUCGAUGGAAGUGAUCGAUAUCCGGGUUAAUCCUUGGGCGUGCGAUUGCUCCAAUCGGUGGGUCGUGUCUACGCUGCUGCCAAUCGUCGAGCGCACCACUCCGACUAUCCUGAACAACAUCGGGGGGGGCGGGCCCCCGCAAAUGGCCGGCACAUCGAUGAUCGAUCUGGAGCACCAUCACACGAAGCUGCGCUGCCUCGACGCGGCCGGCAACGACCCGUCGAACGAUGGAGCCCUGCUGGUGGGGCUUUUGAUCGGCGUCCUGGUGGCCGUCCCACUGACUGCGGCCCUCUGGUGCAUCUACAAACGGGGUUGCUUCGGCCUAUUCCGAGACAAGGGUCCGGCCGGUUACUCGCGUGCCUUCUACAGUCGCACGACGCUCAACGAAGAGUUCUGAAAGCCGCCGAACCUCCUCCCCCCCUUAACGAGAGAGCAAACCAAAUAGCCGCCACACCAAAGUGGCCACACAUCGUCUACUUAAGCGGAUCUCCUCUUUCCGGCUGAAAGAGGUCACGCGUCUGUGCGUAAUGCCGUAAAGCGUUUUGGCGAACCGAAUAAAGAGAGCGAUUG